AUGCCCGAAGACUUAAGAAGUUUGCUUAAGAAGGAGAAGCGCCUUCUGAACAGUUUAGUGCUGGUGGAGAAGUUCGUGCAAGACUUUGACGAAGAACGAGACAAAAAAGAAGUUGAAGUUCGUUUGCAGCUGUUGGAAAAUUGUGUGUCUGAGUUUUUUGUGGUGCGUGAUAAAGUGGAGGUGUUGCUGGAUGAAGCUGCUGAUGAGGCAACCGCCAAUCCAGAUGAACCGGAGAAAGCUCGCAAAGUAAGGCUGGAGAGUGAAUCGAGGAAGCGAGAAGAAGACAAUUUAGCCAUCGCUACGGACGUGGAGAACCGCUUCUGCAAGGCUAAGGCCGCGUUGGUAGAUCGGCGUGUUAGAAAACCGCCAGGGAGUUCUUCGUCAGUCGUGGCUACCGGAACAAGCAUUUCUAGGGUGAAACUUCCGGAGAUAAAGCUCCCAACGUUCGACGGCAGGCUACGAGACUGGGUGUCAUAUCGCGAUGCAUUCAGAAGCCACCGACGGCUGGAGCACGAUUCUAGUGCACAUGGUUUGCUCAAGCGGUUCAUGAAGCUGAAGAUCUCGGAGCGGUACGAUGCAGUGCGGAGGAACGGUCUGUGUAUGAACUGCUUAUCGUCAGGUCAUUUUUCCCGGAACUGCAGCAAAGGUUCGUGUCGUCAAUGCGGGAAGAAGCAUCAUUCCCUCCUCCACACAGAGAUGCACAGUGCCAGCACGAAGUCAUCCGUUCCACAGACGAUGAAGAGACCCCCAAGUGAACACCACCAACAGACACAGCAUACGCAAUCGGAACCACCAACACACCAGAAAGCACCAACCACAAACCACACCGAACCUUCCACUUCAUUGCCAGUUGUCAAUACACAAUCGCAUAGCACCAACCCACAGUUCGCCACAGACUAUCCAAACACACUGCAACACACCACAGCCCUACCAACACAAACCAAGACCUCCACACGUCAAGUUCUUCUCUCCACUGCCAUUGUGCGGAUCUGCGAUGCCAACGGAAGCUCGAUGCUUGCCAGGGCACUACUCGAUUCCUGCUCGCAGUAUUGUUUUAUUUCGUCCGAGUUUUGUCGACGCAUGAAGCUUAAAGAGUUCCCGAAUUAUCUACCGGUAAAGGGCAUCGGUAAUACCGGGAGCGUGUCGAAGAAAGCUGUUAGCGGUACAAUCAGCCCACGUUUCGAUAGCAUUUCGGAGUUCGAGGAAGUUAUGCGGUUCAACGUCCUGCCGAAGCUGACGAUUCCACUCCCAUGUGAAGGGUUUGAAACUUGCCAGUGGAAUCUCCCGGAGAGCAUCGUAUUAGCUGAUCCUGAGUUCUACCACACAUCGGACAUCGAUAUGAUAAUCGGUGCCGAGUAUUACCUCGACCUGCUGCAGGAAGGAAGGUUCAGGCUCAGCGAGAACGGCCCAACAUUCCAAAACACCGUUUUCGGUUGGGUUGUAUCCGGACGUAUUCCUAGUAGCUCGAUCUCCGUACCCGCCACAUCCACCGCGUUGUGUUCCAUGUCCGAUCUUCAAGAACAGCUCACUCGUUUCUGGGAUCUCGAGAGCUGUCAUCUAGCGAGUACCUAUUCCGUGGAAGAGUCCACAUGUGAGGAGUUGUUCAAGAAAACCACUACACGCGACGUAGAUGGUCGUUUCAUCGUGAACCUGCCUAGGAAGGACCACGUAAUCGGUCAGCUAGGUAGCUCCAGAGCUGUGGCGGAACGGCGGUUCCUUAGUCUGGAGAGAAGGCUAUCGAACAACCCUCAGCUGAAGAAGCAGUAUUGCGAGUUUAUGAGGGAGUACGUGACAAUGGGGCACAUGGAAAUGAUACGCGAAGAAGAUUUCUCUGGGGCGGCACACUACUUUUUGCCUCAUCACGCCGUCUUGAAGCCGGACAGCACAACAACAAAAUUGCGGGUAGUAUUUGAUGCUUCGUGCAAAACUUCGUCUGGUCUUUCGCUCAACGACGGGCUAAUGAUUGGCUCUGUGGUCCAGGACGACCUAAUCUCGAUUCAUGCUCGAUUCCGUCUUCACCGGAUCGGCAUUGUGGCCGAUGUUACAAAAAUGUAUCGGAUGAUCAAGAUGUGUCCACGUGAUCAAAAAUUGCAGCUGAUUUUGUGGAGGAACGGCACCGACGAACCUAUCGAAGUGUUUCAGCUCACGACCGUUACGUACGGCACCGCUUCCGCUCCUUUUCUAGCUACACGUUGUAUGGUUCAGCUAGCAGAAGACGGAGAAGCUACACAUCCUGGCGCAGCAAAGGUGCUGCGGAAAGAUUUUUACGUCGACGAUAUGAUCACUGGCGUCGAUAACCCCGAAGAAGGAAAACGGCUGGUCGAAGACACAAUCGCCCUCACAGACUCCGCUGGAUUCACACUACGCAAGUGGAACUCCAACUGUGAAGAGGUGCUAAGGGAGUUGCAGCCUGAUCGUUGUGAUCAUCGAGCGGAAUUCGAAAUGGACUCGUCACCUCCAAUUUCAACCGUGAAAACGUUGGGUCUCGUCUGGUGCACCAGAACCGAUAACUUCCGUUUCACCAUGCCCGAGUGGAAUACAACGUCGGUGGUUACAAAACGAGUUGUGAUUUCCGACGCGUCCAAGCUCUUCGAUCCAUUGGGCCUGAUAGGGCCAGUCGUCGCCGAAGCUAAAAUCUUUAUCCAGACACUAUGGAAGCUGGAACUAAACUGGGAUGACCCGCUCCCAAAAAACCUUCAGGCGUUUUGGUUGGACUACCGACGGAAUCUUAGUUCUCUGGAAUCCAUUAGCAUUCCACGAUGGGUUGGAUAUACCCAAGAGUGUGUCGCAACCGAAUGGCACGGAUUCUGCGACGCUUCAGAUAGCGCAUACGGCGCUUGUUUGUAUCUUCGCUGUACUUACGCGGACGGUUCUGUGCGUGUCCAGCUAAUGAUGGCCAAGUCACGAGUAGCGCCACUAGAGGACCUGAAGAAGAAGAAACGUAGGCAGACUACGCCCCGUCUUGAAUUGUCAUCCGCCCUGCUUCUCAGUCAUUUGUACGAGAAAGUCAGUCAAGCCACCUCACUGGUAAUUCCGUCGUACUUCUGGACCGAUUCCAACAUCGUAAAAUUCUGGAUUGCGUCGGCACCAUCGCGAUGGCAAACCUUUGUGGCGAAUAGGGUGUCCGAGAUCCAGCACCUGACGAAAGGCGGCGUGUGGAAUCAUGUUGCAGGCAUUGAGAAUCCAGCAGACGUUCUUUCGCGAGGAAUAUCAGCCACACAGCUAGAGUACCAGCCACUCUGGUUCAACGGACCUGUUUGGUUGCAUCAAAGUCAAAGCUUCUGGCCUGCAACUCCAAAUGUCAGCGUUGAACACUUUGAUCCAGCCUCUCUUGAAGAACGGAAAUCCGUAGCCCUGCCACUGCAAGUCACUACACCAAACGAAAUAUUCUCGCUACGGUCGACACUAUUUUCUCUCGUUCGACUGGUGGCUUUAUUACGUCGUUUCCGUCACAACUCGCAAAGAACGCACCGAACUUCCAGGAAACUCGGCUACAUUAGCACGCAAGAAUACGAAGAUGCUCUACUGCAACUGGUUCACCUCUCCCAAGAAGAAUGCUUUCCCCAGGAGAUUGCAAGUCUGUCCCGGGAGGAUCAGGUAAAGGACUCCUCUAGAAUAGCAUCACUCCACCCCAUACUACGAGAUGGUAUACUUCGCGUUGGCGGCCGGCUCCGGAAUGCAACUGUUUCGCAAAACCGGAAGCAUCCAAUCAUUAUUGAUCCACGUCAUCCUCUCGCUACGUUGGUAAUCCGCCAUUACCACGUGAAAUUGCUUCACUCCGGACAACAAGUCGUCAUCGCAAGCGCCAGAGAAAGAUUCUGGAUCCCCAACAUCCGAAACCUGGUGCGUAAAGUUCUCCACGAAUGUGUCACCUGCUUCCGCGUUAGACCAAGAUGUUUGGAACAACUGAUGGCUGAACUGCCACCAGAAAGGGUUACACCGGCACCGCCAUUCCUGAAGGUCGGUGUGGAUUACUGCGGUCCGUUUCUAGUUUCCUACCCCCAUCGCCGAAGUACUCCAGUUAAAUGCUUCGUUGCGGUAUUCGUCUGCCUUGUAACGAAGGCAGUUCAUGUAGAACUAGUCUCCGAUCUCACAACGGAGGCGUUUUUGGCAGCACUAAAACGUUUCACCGCCCGGCGAGGACGACCGGUCCUCAUAAUGUGUGACAAUGGCACGAAUUUCGUUGGAGCAAAGCGGGAACUUCGACAGCUGUUGAACUUGUUUGAGCAGCAGCAAUUCCAGAACGCCGUAGCUUGCAACGCCGCGAAUGAAGGGAUUGAAUUCAAGUUCAUCCCAGCAAGGUCGCCGAACUUUGGCGGUCUUUGGGAAGCCGCCGUGAAGUGCUUCAAGAACGCUUUCAAGAAGGUCAUCGGAACCCGGACGCUGUUGUACGAUGAAAUGCAAACCGUGCUCACGCAGAUCAAAGCUGUUUUGAACUCCAGAUCCCUCACUCCGCUCAGUAACGAUCCUGGAGAUUACGAAGCGCUCACACCUGGGCAUUUUCUGAUACAGCGUCCACUAACUGCCAUCGCUGAACCCGAUCUGGACAAUUUUCCAACCAACCGUCUCUCCGUCUGGCAAAGGGCGCAGGACUUUUCCCAGAAGCUGUGGAAAACGUGGACCACAUUGUACCUUUCCGACCUGCACAACCGCACAAAGUGGACACGCCAACGUGACAACAUUUCCGUCGGCACUAUGCUUCUGCUGAUGGACGAGCGGCUUCCGCCGCUGAAAUGGAAUUUGGGUCGUGUGACUGCCAUUUUCCGUGGCUCAGACGAUAACAUCCGUGUAGUAGACGUGCGCACUACGAAUGGGGUCUUCCGAAGAGCAAUCUCGAAGAUUUGCGUACUCCCUAUACGGGACAACGCAAACUCAACCAGCGAAGAGGCAUAA